AUGAUUUCCGAUUUAUCGACGAAAGAUGGCCUUCCUUUUGGUGAACAUAUAAAAUACACUUUUAUGAGUUAUUUCACCGAAUAUAAAACACCAAAAUUUGUAUUAAUACAUAGCGUACAAUUUGCUGUUUUACUUCGCAUUAUCCAAAUAAUUAUUAUCACAUAUUCUGCAUUAUAUUUGCUUGUAUACCAAAAAGGUUAUCAAAAACAUGAUACAACAGUGAUAUCAGUAUCCACACUUAAAGUCAAAGGUGUCGGUCAAGUUGAGAUGCCACAACAGAAGACUAUUAUUAUGGAUGUCGCAGAUUAUGUUAUUCCACCAUCAGAAAACAAUGCUAUAUUUGUCAUGACCAAUUUUGUUCAAACUAAUCAAAGACGAUCGAUAUGUUCUGAAAGUUGGUGUCCACCCGAAGAUGCUGAUUCAUCGGCAAUGCUUGUUCAAGGAAUUCUUAACUUUACAGUAUUUAUAAAAACUUUUAUUGAAUUUCCCUUAUUUGGAGUUAAAAACAAAAAUAUGGUUGAUAAUUUGAAGCCAUGUGUUUUUGAUCCAAUUCAUAAUAAAGAUUGUCCAAUAUUUACUAUUGAUUAUAUGCUAAAUCAAGCUGAAAAUGACAGUACUGAACGUGAUCUAAUGUUACGUUAUGGUGGAGUUAUAAAUAUUAAAAUUCAUUGGAACUGUGAUUUGGAUCGAAGUAUUAAAUUAUGUAAACCGGAAUACACAUUUACUCGUCUUGAUGUACCGUUUCGUGAAAAAUCAUUUUCACUUGGUUAUAAUUUUCGUUAUACUUCUAAUUGGAAACAAAAUGAAGAACAUUUUCGUACCUUAACAAAGGCCUAUGGUCUUCGUUUCAUAAUUACUAUUAGUGGCAACGCAGGAAAAUUUAACUUUAUUACGUUAACUUUAAAUAUUGGUUCAUUAAUUGGAAUAUUUGGUAUAGCGACAUUUGUUUCCGAUAUUAUUGUAUUUCAUGCAUCAAAACGGGCAGGUGUUUAUCGUAACUACGUCUUUGAAAAAGUUCAAUUGAAAACACUUCUCGAUGGGGCGAAAGACCAAUCAAAACUUCAUGUUGAAAAAAAUGAGAAUCAAUUGUUAAAUGACGCAUCAAAUACGGAUAUAUAA